AUGACAACGGGCCAGAGUGACCUUCUUUCUGUCGACCGGCACUCAAAGAAGGCGCGGCGAGCCGAAAAAAAGCAAAAGAAGACAAACGGAGACGACGGCCUAUUACUUUCUGGUGGCGGCGAGCGCUCCGAAAAGAAGAAGAAGAAGAAAAGAGCGGAGGAGGAAAAGACGCUUCCUGCAGACGUACUAGGCGAGUACCCGACGGACGACCAGAACGACGGCUCACUUCUCUCUGCCGACGACCGCCAAAAGAAGAGGAAGAAGAAGAAGAAAAAAAGUCAAGAUGACAACGUGGCCAUGGCGUACGGUGAUCGGCAGAAGAACCUUGAUCCAGAAGACGUCCGUCCUCCUGCUCACCAGCACACGUCUAAGAAGAGGAAAAGAGAAGAAAAAGAUGGCGAAAUAGACAAGUACAAGGGAGAUGACGGGGAGAAGCGGAAGAAAAAACCGAGGGAAGAUGACGAGCGUCUUCCGGCCGACCGGCAGGAGAAGUGCGAAGACGAGGAUGUCCUUCUUCCCGCCGGAGCGGCCGAGACGGCGGACGAGCGCUCAUACUGGGAUUUAUUGGAGGAGAUGGAAGAGUUCAUCCCUAACAUCAAAAAAAUGGACAUCAGUCGCAUCAAAAUGCACCUGCACUACGACCUGAAGCGCUUCCGACUCUUCAAACGGCAAGGCCUAUCCGUCCACCGGGGCCGCUUCACCCAAAAGGAGAACCAACAGAUCCGGGACAACGUGGCCCGUUUCUUGGAGCUGACCGGCGUGGAGUCCGCCGAGCAUCUCCUCUUCCCCGGACGCUUCAAGGAGCUGGAGGCCCACAUCAGGAAGUUGAAGAGGCGGCACUGCUUCAUGGAGGCCAUCGCCGAAGGAAUUCCCAGGACGUGCCAGAAAGUUUUGACCCGGGCCCUCAAGAUCGACCACAUGAACCACCGGGGACAGUUCUCGGAGGAGGAGCUGGCUCAACUGGUCAAGUUGCAGAAGCUCCAUGGCAACCACUGGCGCACCAUCGCCAAAAAGAUGGAUCGCAGCGCCUUCGCCUUACAGAAACGCUUCGUCAACAUCGCGUCCGGGCGAGGCGCUUGGACGUCGGAGGAGGAGGACCGCCUGAAGGAGGCCGUCCGAGCCCACCUGGAGGCGGCGGCGGCGGGAAGCCCCUCCCCUUCCGAGGGCGGCCUCCCGGAGCUCCGCCGGCUCUGCGCCGGUUUGCCCUGGACCGAGAUCAGCCGCCGCGUGGCCACCCGCAGUUGGACUCAGUGUCGGAUCAAGUGGUUCAGCAUCCUGAAACGUGGACUGGCGCCCAAAAACAGUAGGAAUAAACUCCGAGUACUCGAGACCAGAAUCAGUCUGAUCAAAACGUUGUACGCUUCAAACGUGGAGGAAGCGAGAGACGUCGAUUGGGAGAUGGUGGCUUCCACGGUGGGCGGCGUGACUCCGCUUCAAGUUCAGAAGCUCUUCCGAACCCUCAAAGUAUGCUACGUCCCCGACUGGUCGCAACGUAGCUACGGAGAGAUCAUCGACUUCCUACGGGAGCACGUGAAGCCGCGGCUCAGGGAGGAGCGGCGCCGCUACCGCCGACGAAGGGGGCGCGUCGAGGAAGAACGGCCGGCGUCGCCCGACGCCGCCCUCUCGGCCAUCUUCGCGUCCGAAGACGGCGAAUUUGCAGAAGUGGACAACACCCGGACCGGAGGGCGGCGGCGGGCCGGGUCAGCGGGUGGGACGGAGCCGUGGAUGGCAGAGAAUGAGUUGAAACAGUGA